UGGGUGGCAGCAUGUUAAUGUUUCUCUACUGUUUAACCCCACGUUAUGUCACUGUCAGUCCCUGUUGCCCACGCUGAAUUACAGAGCAUUUCCUCAUUUGCUGUUUAAGUUUAGUGUCAUGUAGCUCUGUCUGUACAGCAGCAUCAGCCUGGAUACUGAUUCACAGCUGGACAUGAAGCACUUUACACAUCACUAAAACCACCACUAAAGACAAAUAUGGGGGAGAGCGUUGAUGUCAAGGCUCUGAGGGCCAAGUUCAACAAUAAGACCAGCACCUCGGACACCAGCAGCCGGGACAGCGGCUCCCCGAAAUCUCCACGACCUGGGUUUGGGAGGGCAGUCCUGCCAGUGACCGAGAACAAUCUGGCUCAUCACAGACUGUCUCCUACGGUUCCUCCUCCUCCGAUGGCUGGUCCAGGCCUGAUGAGGAUCCCGAGGGCCGAACCAAUGGCAGCCCCAAUCCCCCCCAGACCUGGUUCUUUCCCUCGACCGCCUCCCAAUCAUGGAGUCAAAACAUCCAUCCCGCCGGUAGACGCCACCAAGAUAAAGCAGACCGGGGAGAUGCUGCAGAACAUGAUGCUGCGGCACCAGAAGCCUCUAGGCAUCAAACCAUCCCUGAGUCCAGCUCUAGGUCAGUCCCCUGCACCAACUCCAGCCUCCGCCCCUCUACCAUUUCGACCGCAACCCCGACAGAGGAGCGCAGAGGACGUGACCCCGCUGAGAAAGCCCCUACCCCCUGAAGGACCCCUGCCUUUGAAACCCAAACGGCCUCCCAAUGUCAACCUGGAGCCAUUUAAGAGGUUCAGCCGAGUACCUGCUCUUCCUGGUCCAAGAAAGCGGGACGUUCUCCCAGCAGGUUCACCAGGUUUAGCAGGCAGAAAGAUGUCUUUACCCUCAGUAAUCAGUCCUCCGAAACCGCCACAACGAUCCAACAAACCAAGCAGGCUUCCACGCCAAGUGGCCUCCGUGGACUUUGAUGAUCAGGACCAGGACACCUAUGAUGACAUUGCAAGCUUUGAGAAGAAUGAGUCCCUGAGUGACAACAGUUCACAGUGUAUGGACGGGGACGACGAUGACGUGUAUGAGGCUAUUGAUGAGGACCAGGUGGAGGUAAACCGGGUAAAUGCUGAGAAGAUAAACAAAAAAGAAGCAAAGAGGCAACAGGAGCAGGAGAAGAAAGAUCAGAUGGAGCGUCAGAAAAAAGAAAAUGAGUUGAGGAAGAACUUUCAGACACCCGACGGAUACAUCAGUAACACGUGUGUGGAUAUUGACUAUGAGGCAGUGAAGCGCAAAGUUCUCCAGUCCAGAAAAACAGACUUAUCAUCGUUGCCUCCACCACCUCCAGACCCCCCACUGAUGUUAAACAUACAGUCAAAUAACAGAGACAGCAUGCUUGAAGAUGAUGAUGACUAUGAUGACGUGCAACCAUUAACUGAGGAUUUCCCCCCACCGCCGCCUGAAAUCAGCAUAGAUCCCAAAGUGAUGAAGGAUCUUAAAAAGAAAUUUAAGUAUGAAGGGCCUCUCAGGGUGCUGCACACCAUGAUGGUGGAUCCUAAUAGCAUCAUAAAGAAGCCAGGAGGGAAGGAUCUACACGUGACUCAGGGAGAAAUCCUGGAUGUGAUCGAGCUCACCAACAGCAAGAAAGCUCUGUGUCGCAACCAGUUUGGAAAAUUUGGUUAUGUGUCCAGAUCUCUUCUUCUUUCAAUGGAAGGAGACAUUUAUGACGAUGUUGACUACGCAGGUGACAUCUACGACAACGACUCUCCACACACUGAUUAUUAAAACUUGUCAAACUAAGUCCACACGAACACACACGCAGACAAAAGAAACAAACUAUAUAAAAACUAAAAACCUUAAGCUGUUUAAAACUAUAUAACUAUUUUUGCUUUAUUUGACUCCACUAGUCCCAGUCAGUCCAGACUUUCUGUUGUAACUGACAGCGGUCUGGCUCACAAACAAACUAGCUUAUAUAAAACUAAAAUGAUAUACGGUAGAAAGAUACAGACUCACUCAGACUCAGACAACAUUCAUACUGAACAUGCCCCGUGCAUAAUUUCAUUCUUUGUCAAACUGCUUGUAUAGAAAAUGAAUACACUAUUACUGUAGCUUUUUGUUUUGCUCGACGUCUGAGAUAAUGUAAAAUAAAUGAAUAAACUUGUUUUCUGGUAAUUGUG